AUGGAACGUCAGGAACAUCAGCAUGGCAAAGAACCCAAACCUCAGGAAUGACACCUACAACCAAGUGCGGAGCAUCAUCAACAGCGCUAUAAACACACUUCUAAAUGAACCUGGUGCAGAAAAAUUUGAACCCCAGAUCCCUUCCUUCACGAGUUCAGGAAACCAGGUUAAUGGUUACAUGGAGUACCACUUCCACGAUGGAGACACCAAAACACCAGCAGCCUUCAUAAAUGAGCUUAGACCUGUAUUGGGGAAUGUCCUGAUAAACAUUCAUCUACUAUUUAAGAACUUCACCAGAGUACCUAGUGAGGCUGAGGUUCUCAAAGCUGCGAAUGCUCUGCUGGACCCAAAGAUCAGAAGAGCACGAGAUCUUACAACAAAAAAACUGAACGACCCUGUGAGCAUACAGAAUGUCACCUAUCAGAAAAUUGAAAACAACUCAUACAUUAUUAGCUUUGGAUUCCAAAUCAGCAAUGUGACCAUCUCCAAAGACAUUCAGCUGAGGAACGAAACAUAUGAUUUAAUCCAAAACACCAUCAACAGCCUGCUGAAUGAUAUUUUGAAUGCAAAAGGUGCUACUCCAUUUGUCUUCCCACGAGCAAACUACACGCUUAAUGGUAACGAAAUUGUGGCUAAUUUUGAAUACGUCUUUGUGGAAGGUGACACCAAGUGGACACCAAGUGGAUUUCUUUCUGAAAUACUCAACAUUAGAGUGUCGUCUACAACAGUUUCUCCAGCAACUACAAAACCUGUUAUUUUGACUUCACCAGCAACUCCCUCAGUAAUAUCUGGUUCAGCUGUGGUUCAGAUCAUGAUGGUCUUCAGUUCCUCCUCUCCUGUUCCCACUGAGAGUUUGGUCCUCAGUGCAAUUCAGUCUCUUCUGAAUGCUCGACUCACAAACCUCACUGACUCUGUAAAAGUGCUGAACUUCACCUAUAAGAAAAUUUCAGACACCUCCUAUGCAGUCAUUUUCACAUUCAACAUCAGUAACAUCAGCAUGCCAGAGAACCCUGGCCUCAGGAACAAAACCUACAAUGAAGUGGAGAGCAUCAUCAACAAAGCACUAAACACACUUCUAAAUAAACCUGGUGCAGAAUCAUUCCAACCUCAUGACAUUUUUUUCACGAGUUCAAAAAACCAGGUUAAAGGUGACAUGGAGUACCACUUCCAAGAUGGAGACACCAAAACACCAGCAGCCUUCAUAAAUGAGCUUAAAGCACAGAGCACACCUAUAUUGGGGAAUGUCCUUAUACACAUUCGUCUAGUUUUUAAGAACUUGUCCAGAGUCCCUACUGAGGCUGAGGUUCUCAAAGCUGCUAAUGCUCUGCUGGACGCAAAGAUCAGAACAGUGCAAGAUCUUACAACACAAAAACUGAACGAACCAGUGAGCAUACGGAACGUCACCUAUCAGAAAACUGACAACAACUCAUACAUUAUCAGCUUUGUGUUCCAAAUCAGUGAUGUGAACAUCUCCAAGGACAUCCAGCUGAUGAAUCAAACAUUUAAUUUAAUCCAAAACACCAUUAACAUCCUGCUGAACACUAUUCUGAAUGCGAAAGGUGCUGCUCCAUUUGUCUUCCCACGAGCAAACUACACGUUUAAUGGUACAGUCGUUGUGGCUGAUUCAGAAUACGUCUUUGUGGAAGGUGAAACCAAGUGGACACCAAGUGGAUUUCUUUCUGCAAUACUCAACAUUAGCGGCCUGUUGAACUUCACCACUCCUGCUGCUCAAACAACCCCCCCUGUCCAUGUAGUCCUGAGGCCCACAGUCCAAGCACACAACACCACCUCUGGGGGAAAUGUUGCAUGGAUCCUGGCCAUCAUUAUCCCCUGCAGUAUAGUCAUUAUUCUCAUACCGUGCUGGAUUCUGCUCUGUUGUCUCCUGUGUGGCUGCUGUGCUGGUUUAAGGAGGCGCUACAACAGAAGACGGUCCUUGUAUAACUUACAAUACACAACACAAAAUGGACUCUCUUAGAAACAGAUUGUAAAAUAACAACAAAAAUAUGACUUGUAAACAUCAGAAUCUAUUUUAGUAUAUAGUUUCUUUUUCUAUCUAUAUAUUUUAUCCAUUUCAUUCUAUUUUAUUUAAACUUCACACAUAAUUAAUUAAAUUUAUCCUA